AUGAAGCAAAAAUUAGCCGAAUGGCAAAUUUUAUCCCACGAAUACAAUAGCCAAACGACACACUGCUCGCGUACAGCAGAAAAUUUAAAAAAUGAGUGGGAGUAUAUGAAAAAAAUAGCCAAAAAGGAGGAGUCAUACAGGAGGAUGCAUAGAAUCCAAACAGGUGGAGGACCAGCAAAUCCAAAGAAAGAAGAUCCUCUAGAUUCCAAAAUCAUAUCGUUAAUUAAAAAAGUGCUAUUGGGUUUUUCAACCAUUUUGACAGUGACAGUGUUGCCCCAGAUAGCUUAG